AUGGGAACCCUAUCCAGCUUCAGCCCCAGCUUAGCCGCUCCAAAUUGGUGCGGUUUUGGUGUAAAAUUUCAGAAUAGCCACAGCAGCAAGUUUUUCCUCUGCGGAGAAACUUUGUUGAGGAGGAGACGGCGGUUGGUCUCCGAAGGCGGCUCAGGGAGGUUUAAUCCUACAAUCAAGUCGUGCUACAAUGGCGGAAACAAUCGGAACGAUGAUAGAAGUAGUAACGGUGCUGAGCGAGAUAGUACAGAGAAUUCAAAUUUAGCUACAAUGGCGACGGCAGAGAAAAAUUCCAAUGAUAAUGGCGAUGAACCGUCGGUUUCUGUGUCUUCCCGUCCACAAACAAUUUCAUCAGUUGGACCUGCUUACAGUAAUUUCCAAUUAGACUCUUUUAAAUUGAUGGAGCUUCUGGGCCCGGAAAGAGUCAAUCCAGCUGACAUAAAGGUUAUUAAGGAAAAGUUAUUUGGCUACUCGACCUUUUGGGUAACUCGAGAAGAACCGUUUGGUGAUUUAGACGAAGGCAUUCUUUUUCUCGGCAACCUUCGGGGAAAGAGGGAAGAUGUUUUCAUGAAACUUCAGAGCCAACUAACAGAAGUAAUGGGCGACAAAUACAACCUAUUUAUGGUGGAGGAGCCUAAUUCCGAAGGGGAAGACCCCCGGGGUGGGCCCCGGGUCAGCUUUGGCUUGCUGCAGAAAGAGGUUUUAGAACCAGGUGAAACAACACUUUGGCAGUAUGCGAUUGCCUUUCUGUUGUUCCUUCUCACCGUUGGCUCAUCAGUGGAGCUCGGAAUAGCAUCUCAGAUUAAUAGACUUCCUCCAGAGGUGGUCAAAUAUUUUACAGAUCCUAACGCUAUUGAACCCCCGGAAAUGAAGCUCCUGUUUCCAUUUGUGGAUGCUGCUUUGCCUCUGGCUUAUGCCGUAUUGGGUGUUCAACUGUUUCAUGAAGUUGGGCAUGCUUUGGCUGCUUUUCCACGGAAAGUGAAACUAAGUAUUCCUUUUUUCGUUCCAAACAUUACCCUGGGGAGUUUUGGAGCAAUCACUCAGUUCAAAUCCAUCCUUUCUGAUCGGAAAGCCCUAGUAGAUAUUUCGUUAGCCGGACCAUUUGCUGGCGCUGCACUGUCUUUCUCUAUGUUCACUGUUGGCCUGCUGCUCUCAUCAAACCCAUCUGUGGCAGGAGAACUGAUUCAGGUCCCAAGCAUGCUUUUUCAAGGUUCUUUGCUUCUAGGUCUUAUCAGCAGAGCUUUUUUGGGUUAUGCGACUUUGCAUGCAUCUACUGUUUCAAUCCAUCCUCUGGUGAUUGCUGGCUGGUGUGGAUUGACAUCCUCGGCUUUUAAUUUGCUACCGGUGGGAUGUCUCGAUGGUGGAAGGGCCAUGCAGGGGGCUUUCGGGAAAACUGCACUAGUUUUUUCUGGUUUGGCAACAUACGGCCUGCUUGGUUUAGGAGUGCUAGGUGGACCCUUGUCACUUCCUUGGGGACUAUAUGUGCUGAUAUGUCAGAGGGCUCUCGAAAAACCAUGCCUGAACGAUGUGACAGAAGUCGGGGCUUGGAGAAAAGCACUUUUUGUGGCGGCAACAGUACUUGUAGUGAUGACUCUCCUUCCGGUGUGGGAUGAGCUGGCAGAAGAGUUGGGUAUAGGGCUCGUAACCUCGUUUUGA